GCGGCGGCCAGAUCCAGACAUCUGGGACUGUUGUUGUUCUUUCGCGGCGAGACCGCUCCAGUCAGCUCGCCCAGAGGGAAACCGGGAGCUGGUCUGGUGGGGAGCGGGUGGCCGCAUCCCCCGUCUCUCCUGCUUCCCCAGAGCCGCGGCGGCAGCUGGCGCAAACAUCCUGAGGCGCGCACACCCCAGUCUGGCUGCCAUGUCUGAAAACGCAGAGGGAGACCUGAACUCCAACCUGCUGCAUUCCCCCUACCACACCGGGGACCCUCAGCUAGACACGGCCAUCGAGCAGUGGCUCCGUUGGGAUAAGAAUCCCAAGACAAAAGAGCAAAUUGAAAAUCUGAUACGGAAUGGGAUGAACAAGGAGCUGCGAGAUCGUCUUUGUUGCCGAAUGACUUUCGGGACUGCAGGCCUUCGUUCUGCAAUGGGGGCAGGAUUUUGCUAUAUUAAUGACCUUACAGUAAUACAGUCAACACAGGGGAUGUAUAAAUACCUGGAGAGAUGUUUCUCAGACUUCAAGCAGAGAGGCUUUGUCGUUGGGUACGACACACGUGGCCAGGUAACCAGCAGCUGCAGCAGCCAGAGGCUUGCUGAACUCACUGCUGCAGUCUUACUGGCCAAAGAUGUUCCUGUGUACCUUUUUUCAAGAUAUGUUCCUACACCUUUUGUACCAUAUGCAGUCCAGGAGCUCAAAGCAGUUGCAGGUGUGAUGAUUACUGCAUCUCACAACCGCAAAGAAGACAACGGAUAUAAGGUUUAUUGGGAGAACGGUGCUCAGAUCACAUCUCCUCAUGAUAAAGAAAUUCUGAAAUGUAUAGAAGAAUGUGUGGAGCCCUGGCAUGGUUCCUGGAAUGAUAAUUUGGUGAAUACUAGCCCACUGAAGAGAGAUCCUCUGCAGGACAUUUGCAGGAGAUACAUGGAAGAUCUGAAAAAGAUCUGUUUUUACAGGGAAUUAAACUCACAGACCACCUUGAAAUUUGUACAUUCCUCUUUUCAUGGGGUCGGACAUGACUAUGUGCAGUUGGCCUUUCAAGUGUUUGGUUUUAAGCCUCCAAUUCCAGUACCAGAACAAAAAGAUCCUGAUCCAGACUUUUCUACUGUUAAAUGCCCAAAUCCUGAAGAAGGAGAAUCUGUGCUGGAACUCUCUUUGAGACUGGCAGAGAAAGAAAAUGCUCGGGUCGUGCUAGCCACAGAUCCUGAUGCAGACCGACUGGCCGUGGCAGAACUUCAGGAGAAUGGUAAUUGGAAAGUUUUCACAGGCAACGAGUUGGCAGCAUUGUUUGGGUGGUGGAUGUUUGAUUGCUGGAGGAAAAAUAAAUCAAGAAAUGCUGAUGUGAAGAACAUUUAUAUGUUAGCCACCACAGUCUCUUCCAAAAUUCUGAAGGCGAUUGCCCUUAAAGAAGGAUUUCAUUUUGAAGAAACAUUACCAGGUUUUAAAUGGAUUGGAAGUAGGAUAAAAAACCUCCUGGAGAAUGGGAAAGAAGUCCUUUUUUCAUUUGAAGAGUCUAUUGGUUUUCUGUGUGGAACUUCGGUUUUGGAUAAAGAUGGGGUGAGUGCGGCCGUUGUUGUUGCUGAGAUGGCAUCUUACCUGGAAACCGUGAAUAUAACAUUGACACAGCAACUGAUUAAGAUUUAUGAAAAAUAUGGUUAUCAUCUUUCAAAAACUUCGUAUUUCUUGUGUUAUGAUCCACCUACCAUCAAAAGUAUAUUUGAAAGGCUUCGCAAUUUUGAUUCUCCAAAAGAAUAUCCAAAAUUUUGUGGAACAUUUGCUAUUUUGCAUAUACGGGACGUUACCACUGGGUAUGACAGCAGCCAGCCUAAUAAGAAAUCAGUGCUGCCUGUGAGUAAAAACAGCCAAAUGAUUACAUUUACUUUCCAAAAUGGCUGUGUUGCCACUCUUCGGACAAGCGGGACAGAACCAAAGAUAAAGUAUUACGCAGAGAUGUGUGCAUCACCUGAGCAGAGUGACACUGCCUUACUAGAAGAGGAACUGAAGAAACUCAUUGAGGCUUUGAUUGAGAAUUUUCUUGAGCCCAGCAAAAAUGGCCUGAUCUGGCGUUCUGUUUAGUGCCCACCAGGACAUCAUUACUUUGCACUGGCGUAUGGAACAGGACUACCAAGGACUCCAUGCGUUUGAACUCAUGUUAGCUUUCUCUCUAUUUUAUCUGGCCAAGUAUCUGUUUGCUUUUAUAGUCUUUCUUUUUGGUUGGCUGACUAAACAAACUGUGUAAAUUUGAAAUGAAGUGGUCUGGAGAGAAAUUAUUCAAAUGUUUUCAUAAUCUUGAACAAAAGUCAUUACAUUAAAAGUAUUAUGGUAACACGUUUAACAGAAACAAAACAUUACAAAAGUGAGUGUUCUUAUUAAAGUGUGAUUAAGCUUA